UUGACUUCGCCAAGUUAACAGCUGCUGCCUGCAGUCGGUUAGCUAACAUUAGCUAAGUGCUACAUCAUCGCUGCAUGAGUGCAAAACACGCUUACUUGUGUCUGCCUCGCGUGUAAAAAGUUGUAUAUUCUACGUGGCUGCUCGUCACGCCUACAAGCACGUUUCUCAUUUUUAAUGGUGCCGUGUACGUGCUUUGCCAGCUAAGCCGCUAGCACGCUGUGCUAGGCCUGCUAAGCUAACAUAUGCUAAGCUAAAAGCCGGUGACGGAGCUGAGCGAUGGGGAAGAAAUAGUCUAACUUGAAUCCUCUGGUAAAAAACCAACAAAUGUACCCUUAAUUACUUAGUAGUUGUUUUUGUCAUUGGGUCACGUUGUACAAAUCCUCUUGAAUAACGUUUAGAUAUUAAGUAGCAAACGACGAGUCUUUGUGUAACCAUGUCUUCAUGACAGAAAGCAUCGAUGUUAAUGUUACAAACAUCAAUAUGAAUGACGUGUUAAUGUUGAAACAUAACAAAAAACGUUAACAACUAUUUAAUAAGCUCCUUGUUAAUAGUGAUCUGCGUUGGAGAGCCGCAAGUGAAAAGUGUUUUAAUUGCUCCUUUAUAUUGUGUAUUACUGUGCUACUGAUUGUUUUCAGUGAUGGAGGCGGAGCCAGGCGGCCAUGAUGGACCUGUCUAAGAGCUUCUCUGUAGUGCCCAGAAGCCACGCCCCCGUCCAGGACCUCGCCAAGAAGCCAGAGUGGUACCACAGACGCCCGGCCAGCCCUCACCUCGAUGCCCCGUGCAGGACCAGAGCCAUGUUGCGGCCUGAUGCCGGCGUGGAGCCGGGCAGCUACUCGAACGCUAGCCUCAGCCCCGGCCUUUACCGCGACGGCGUUCAUGGCGACCUUUGGUGUUCCGGCUUCUACGGGGCCGAUGACAUGGACAGCAGCGGCGAGGGCGAGGAGGACAGCGCCAGCAGCUCUGACGUCAUUGUCUUGCUGUCCACAUCCAAGCAGCCGCUCAUGUGCGCCCCCUUUGUCGCGGACGGCGUGCGACACGUGGUGGAGUCGGCCGCGGCGUCCUCACCAGGCUUCUGUCGCCAAGGCACGGCGCUCCCGAGCUCGCCGAGCCGAGAGAGCUCGUCUUCGGAGGAGUCGUCCGACAGCUCGGGCGACAUCCCCCCGCAUCACGCCAGACCCGUGGUCCUCCUGUCGGACCUGAGCUCCGUCUAUGCUGACUCCGCCUACUCCCGCGUGGAUGCCUCCAGCGAUGACAGCGAUGUGGUGGAAGUUCCCGUUACCAAGGUGACACUGAAAAGACAAAAUAUUUCCCGUCAAAGGAGGAAUUUGGAGAAUGCCGAGCAGAUUGAAGCUCCGCCCACUGAGGGCAAACGCAGCGGCAGGAUCAGCAAGUGCCCCGUUUUUUCUCGCCUCCCUCGCCACCGCUUGACGAGGCGCGCGAAAAAGGACGCAGUGGGAAUUUAUUACGAAAGUUGCGACUCUGGUGAUGUGAUGACGUACGCGCUGCGCUCGUCUAGCUCCGACGAGGCUCGUCCCCCUGCCGCCGCCCAGUGCGCUGAGGCUCCUCCCCCAUCUAAGACAAAGGCGGAGCCUCAGGGCGACUGCCAGACCCCGCUCGCUGCCCACAGACGCACACCGACAAAACCGAGGGAGGUCACGGCAAAGCGGAGUGGGCGGGGCAAAGGAGCAGGCAGGGCGGCGGCGGCGGCUUUGACGAGACGACGAGCGGUGUUGGCUCGUUUCUCGCCGCCACCAGCGCCGAUCAAAGUCCGAGAUUCCAAACAGAAGAGGAGGAGUUCAGACAUAUUUUGUCCGUUUGUGCGUGUGCAGGACCACCUUUGCACGGUGGUCAACCACAAGGAAGACCAGCAGGACGGACGCCUGAAAGACCAAACGUCCAACGCCGCUUCUUCCGGCUUCCUACCCAAGACUUCCUGUUUCCGUCUGGCUCGACACGUCGCCGCCGGCGCGAGUCCGGCGACGCCGCUGUGCUACCUCUGCGGUCACGUGACUAACGCCCGAGGCCUCGGCGACCUCCACGGGCCCUACUAUCCUGACCACGUCCCCCGGACCAGCCAGGGCGGGGAAGAGGAGCGUUGGAUCCAUGAGGACUGCGGCGCCUGGAGCGCCGGCGUCUUCCUGGUCAGAGGGAAGCUGUACGGCCUGGAGGAGGCGGCUAGCGCCACACGCCACACGGUGUGCUCCUUGUGCCAGCGACCUGGAGCUAUUAUGGGAUGUUCCCAGAAAGGAUGCACGCACAGUUAUCACUACACCUGUGCACGCCACACAGGUUGCGUUCUAAACGAGGACAACUUCUCCAUGAGAUGUCGCCAGCAUCACAUGACGCAGCAUUCUCAACAUCAAAGACACAUGAAGAGUGAGUUGUGGCGAGCGACGCGGCGACAUGUCAGGUGACCACGCCGUAGGAUGCCCCUCUGUCUUGAGGGUCACAUGGCGCAGGAGUGAUUGCAACAACGGUGCACAAAAGCAAUCAGAUUAAUGCAGUAAUUUAAGAUUGGUUAAGUGGAGAUGUUUCACCUUUCGGUAUUUCUUUCAUUCAGAACUUUCCACAGCUCUCCUCUGGGGCGUCGGAGCUUUUCUGACCACGCCUUCUGCUUUGGGAUGUCAUGGAAAGCGGCGUGCACGUGCGUGUGCAUGUGAGCUCAAGACAAACUUCCUGGUGACAAGUCUUACCUGUGCUGGACCGAGUCAGGACCUGGAAGCCACUUGGACAACCUGCAAUGGCGGCCACCAUCAAUUCUGAUUCACAGCGAUGUUGAUGAUCGGAAAAUGUUUUUAUAAUGUUUAAGUAAUAUUUAUUUUAUUUAAAUCCUGUUUAAUGUAUUUUGAAAUAAAUGACACGUUUCACUA